AUUUAAACAUUUAAAUCAAAAUGAUAUGAUGAUAGAAUGUAUCUUUUUGUAAUGGCAGUGUAAUGCGUUAUUUAUACUGGUUAAAAUUUAAAAUCACCUUAAAAUCAACACAAUAUUCAUUUAUUAACAAGUGCAUUUGUUAACUUGCAGCUUGAUGUUUUAUACACCAGUGAUUCUCAACCUCUUUUGCACAGCGACCCAAUGUUUACCAUGCGGGCUUCGCGAAUUAACGCUGUGAUCAAGAGCGCAGGGCGCUCUGCAAUAUACGCCAAUCAAUGCCUAUCGCACAAAUCUGAUUGGAUGUGCCAAUGAAUUUUAAAUUAAGCAUCUGUGGUUUGGCUUCUUGGAUUGAUUGAGUGUUCUCUAGUUUUGCGCUAUGCAUUGGCAGAAGAAGAUCCGUUUAUAUGGGUUAAUUCUAGGAUUGGGGCUGGGAAAUCUGAUCCUGGAUCCGCAUAGGAGUUUGUUGAUUUUAAAAUGCUUCCAUUUCCUACUCUGCCUCGCGUCCCUUUCAGAACUUGCCGAGACCCACAUUUAGGUCGCGAAACUGAGGACUGAGAAUCGCUGUUAUGCAGCAUACAGUGUGAUGCAAUAAAAGGUCGAGUUCCACAUAUCAUGUAAUUACUCGCAUGUUCUGCUUUACUGCUGUUUUGCUCCGCUGGUGGAAUGCUAUUAAUACCACAGGCGACUAUAUCAUUUUAAGUGGCACCCACUAGACUAGAUGUUAAUGGUUAUUCAUUUACGCGAAAGGAAAACUAAUUUGUUCAGUCAUUGUUAUAAACACUCAGGGCAAUUAUUUUGUGCAUUCGUAUGUUUCCCGGCUGUUUGAACUUGGUCUUGUUUAUAUAUUUUUAUUAGAACUUUUAAUUUUAGUUUUGCUGCCUAAAUAUAUUUCUAGGGUAUAGUUCGGUUGACUCUAUAGCACAUUCCAUUGGUAAAUUUAUCAGAAAAUAUUGAAAAUGUCUCCUCAGAAAGCAUGUUAUUAUAUUAGUGUCCUUUUGGCAAAAGUAUCUGGUAAAAAACGGGACAAAGCCAGCACCUUGAAUUGCAAUUCAACAAAACUAGCAUUUGGGCCACGCUAAUUUAAAUCGCUGCUCGAUGAUGUCAUAAGCUAAAUGCAUUAUGUCAGUCCUCGAAACGUGGAUAUUUAUUACAUUUUCUAAAAGAUUACUAAACUAUCAUAUCGUACAACAGAAGUUCUUUGGGGAUAUAUACGAUGUGGCGAUUACACGGUAUAUAAUGCAUACUUGUGGUCAAGGAAAAACAAUAUAGUAAAGAAUGGAAUGUCAUUUCUGAAAUCAAUAUGUAAAUUGGGAAUAAUAAGUAAAAGUAAGGCUAUUCUGUUGCAGACAUUUGGAAGUACUGUUUAAUAUUAAGAGUGGUUAUUUAUAAUUAGGAAGCUCUGGUGUUAAGACAUCUGAGUAGCCUGGCAAAGCCUCUGUUUCUAACAGCAUUUCCAUAACAAGAAAGGUACCAAGACGCACCAGAUGACGAGCCGCCAUCCAUAUAUACCUCGUCAUUAGUGUGGUGAUUGCCAGUUCAUCUCGUCGCUCCACCAAGUCUUCUUCUCAUAGGUGAAGACACACAAGAAGCCAAGAUGUCUGAGAAAAAGAUGAGCUCGAGUCGUAGGCACCAUCUGAAGAGCUUGAUGAUCUCGAUUGCUAAGAAUUUGCUGGAUGCUGAGAAAACACAGACUGAAGCAGACAGGGUCAAAUAUAUGGAUGAUAACUGCCCCGCACUCUCCAUGCCUGGAUCUGUGCAAGACCUGCAGGAGCUGUGCAAAAAGCUCCACCAGCAGAUUGAUAAGAUUGAUGAAGAGAGAUACGACCUGGAAACUAAAGCAAACAAAGGGAGUAAAGAGAUUGAAGACCUGAGGAUUAAAAUUCAGGACCUGAAGGGCAAGUUCAAGAAGCCGGCUCUGAGGAAGGUGCGCAUGUCUGCCGACGCCAUGCUGAAGGCUCUGCUGGGCUCCAAGCACACGGUCAACUUGGACCUGAGGGCCAACCUGAAGCAAGUGAAGAAGGAGGUCAGGGAGGAGGAGAAAGAAGCAGUUGGUGAUUGGCGUAAGAACAUUGAAGACAAGGCUGGUAUGGGUGGCAGGAAGAAGAUGUUUGAGUCUGAUGCUUAAAUUGCCUACCACCUUGGGACUGCAUAAAGUUCUCCGCAUAAGGUUCAAAUGGACUGCAACGCAGAAUCCAUUUUGACUUUAUAUCAGUCUUACUUAUCCCAGUCUGCUGUUUGAACAUGAUCGAUUUUUAAACCCAGCCCACCAGGAAGGCCAAUAGUAAAGAUCUCAUACUCCUGCUGGUCUGCAGGAAAGCCACUGCUUAACAUCUUUGAACCUCAAAGCGGUCAGAAAUUUAAAUAAAACACACAUUUUGCUAACAAA